AUGUUACGCAAGGCAGUAUUUGUAAUUCUUACUUUAACAGGCAUUCAAGCUUAUAAUCAAAAAGUCUGUAAGACUUGGUUCGACUAUUAUGUACGUCCGUUUUCAAAAAAUUGUUGGUAUGAAGCUGACGUGGGCAAAAAUAUUCCAGAAAUUUUGGAACAUCACUUUGGAGCGGGAGGAUAUGAGAACUAUUCGGUGACAACCCAAGAUGGUUAUAUUUUGGGCAUGUUUCGAAUUCUCAGGGAUAAUCCUAAGGGAAUUGUAAUUCUUCAGCAUCCUGUUAGUUCUGAUGGCAUUAUUUAUGUGUCUCAAGGCAAUGAAUCAACAGCAAUCACAUUUUGGAAUGAAGGUUAUGAGGUUUGGAUACCUAACAACAGGGGAACGUGGUAUUCAGAAAAACACGUAAAUUUAACAAUAAAUCAGUUUAAAUAUUGGGAUUUUACGUUUCACGAAAUCGGAAUGUACGAUUAUCCCGCAAUUUUCGAAAAAAUUUCUCAAGUAACUGGAAGUAAUGAUCUUGUAUUCAUCGGUCACUCAAUGGCAGUGUCAUCAUCAAUGGUUUAUGCCUCUUUGCAACCCGAACAUGCUAAAAAUCACAUAAAGAUACUGAUUCAAAUGGGUCCAAUUACGUAUUUCGAACACGUUAAAAGUCCUUUAAGUUACGUGGCGCCAUUAGCAAACAUUUUUCGGAAAUUCACCAACUUAAUACACAUCGGAGGAAUGUUUACGGCUCAUUCGUUCCUUGAAAAAGCAAAAAAUUUCCUAGCCUUCCUCCCAGUGGGUCAAAUUGGACUUUUCAUUAUUAAUUUGUUCUGCGGGUGGACUCCCCAUGAAUUUGACCCCAAAAUGUUCCCUUUGAUGACUGUGAUGCCAAGGGGUUUCUCUCUUGGAGUUUACUAUCAUUAUGCUCAAAUUGUCAAUGCAAAAGGCAGGUUCCAGAUGUGGAACUACGGUAAAAAGAAGAAUCGACUAGUGUAUCAAUCCGAACAACCUCCAGAAUAUCCAGUAGAAAAAAUACAAGUUCCCGUCUAUUUAAUGUCUAGUACUGGUGAUUCUUGUGCAACUACCGGAGACGCUGAUGUACUCUUCAACAAAUUGUCACCAAAAAGUAAAAUAUAUGGCCAGUACAAGACGACCGGACUUAACCACAUUGGUUACCAUUGGGGCAAAGACAGAAAUAAAGUCUACAAACAUAUGUUGGAACUAUUAAAUCAUAUACUAUAACAUAUAUGUAUAUGUAACAUAAAUAAUGAUUUAAUAUAAAUAAAAUUCAGUAUUAUUAGACAAUCAAAAAAA